AUGAUCAACCUCUACCAAUUCGUCCGCUGGACCGGGAUCACGGUGUUCGAGCUGUGGCUGCACAUUACGGGUUUUGCCCUGUUUACGCUGUUAUUGACCCUAAAAAUCUACAACGUCAUCGACAGAUCCUAUUGGUUCCUUUUUGCGCCGAUUUUUGGAGCCUCGAUCUUGGAUGCCUACUUCCUGUUUAUUGUUUUUGUGCGAACCGUGUUACAGUAUAGGGAUAAUAAAGUGGCUCCAGUGAGAUGGACGAUCCGCACAAUCAGCCGCAACUUUUUCAACUGGUUCCGGUUGGCGUUGAUCUUGUUGUUUGAGGUCUGGCUGUGCCACAAAAUCGACGGCGAGCUGAACCCGACGCAAAUCUCCGUCCAUAACAGCUACGGCACCGUCUUCUCGCCAAUCACGAUUCUCAUGCGGGCGCUAUUUGAACGGAUCCACCUCUCCGCCGGCUAUAUCCGCACUUUUUCUGAAAACGAGAUCUUGUACCCUGUCGUGUUUCGCACCCGGGAUGAAAAGCCGGGGCGCGGGAUCGGGUUAAUCGCGUUCUCACUCGCUCGAUGUCCCACCCAGCGUCCCGAGGAGCUGCGCGGAAAAAUGCCUCGAAUUUACGUCUACCUUUUUGUGCCCUUUAUCGCCCUUGUUGCCCCGGAUUGUGUGACGAAUCGACACGAGAAGACGUGGUGCGGCUGCGGAUAUGGCAGAACGGCGGUUGGGCCUUGCGUCGGCGGUGACUGCCCCGAUGGCUACAUGUGUAUUUGCGACUAUUGUUGUCAGGGGUGCAUGGACGAUUGCUACGAUUGCGCCUUGUAUCAGCAGUACUGUGACAACACGAAUUACUGUGAUUUGAGACAAAAAUGCAAGCGAACAUGUGGGAUCUGCCAGGACGCCGACGCGAAUGCGGGAAAA